UGGAUGUUGCUAGAACCCACGCCGAGGAAGGAAGAGACACAGGCAGGCUGCAGUGACCCAAGCGGCAGCCCCUGCCUCAGGGACCCCUUCCCCGAGAGACGGCACCAUGACCCAGGGAAAGCUCUCUGUGGCUAACAAGGCCCCUGGGACCGAGGGGCAGCAGCAGGCAAAUGGUGAGAAGGAGGCUCCAGCAGUGCCCUCGGCCCCGCCCUCCUACGAGGAGGCCACCUCUGGAGAGGGGGUGAAGGCAGGGGCCUUCCCUCCGGCCCCUUCAGCUGUGCCUCUCCACCCCAGCUGGGCCUAUGUGGACCCGAGUGACCAUGAGCUCUUUACCACCUUCAGUUGGGAUGACCAGAAAGUUCGCCGAGUCUUCAUCAGAAAGGUCUAUACUAUCCUGCUGAUCCAGCUGCUGAUGACCUUGGGUGUCGUGGCUCUCUUUACCUUCUGUGAUCCCAUUAAGGACUAUGUCCAGGCUAACCCAGGCUGGUACUGGGCAUCCUACAUUGUAUUCUUUGUGACCUACCUGACCCUGGCCUGCUGUUCCGGACCUAGGAGAUAUUUCCCCUGGAACCUGAUUCUCCUGACCAUCUUCACCUUGUCCAUGGCCUACCUCACCGGGAUGUUGUCCAGUUACUACAACACCACCUCUGUGCUGCUGUGCUUGAGCAUCACGGCCCUCGUCUGCUUCUCUGUCACCGUCUUCAGCUUCCAGACCAAGUUUGACUUCACCUCCUGCCAGGGUGUGCUCUUCGUGCUGCUCAUGACGCUCUUCUUCAGUGGACUCAUCCUGGCCAUUCUCCUGCCCUUUCAAUACGUGCCCUGGCUCCACGCAGUGUAUGCGGCGCUGGGAGCAGGCGUAUUUACAUUGUUCCUGGCAUUUGACACUCAGUUGCUGAUGGGUAACCGACGUCACACGCUGAGCCCCGAGGAGUAUAUUUUUGGAGCCCUCAACAUUUACCUAGACAUCAUCUACAUCUUCACCUUCUUCCUGCAGCUUUUUGGCACCAGCCGGGAAUGAGGAACCCUUCCUGCCACCCCUUCCUUCAGAGAAUGCUCCCUUGCUGGCCCUCUGACCCUCCCUAUGCUCCUGUAAGCCCAGACAUAAACUAGCUGCCAGCCCAGCCUGUGGCCAGCCUGCUCACUCCCUCAGCCCAUCCCUCGUCCUCAACCUCUGUAGUUUGUAUCCAUGCCGUCAGGGGCCCUGCAAAACCAAGUCACACCAUGCCCUGUGCUGCCCUUUCCCCCCAGUUAUGUCUCCCAGACUGGGUCCAUCAAGGCUGGAGGCUCCUCUGGGUUUGAGGACCCAAGGGACAAGUGAGAGGAGAUCCAGCAGGAUUCCAGCAGGAGAGGCCCCUGGCUGAGGCCUAACCCCCCCCCAAGAUUCUUCCUAAUGCUGCCACAGCAGUGUGACCUUGGGGCACACUUUCCUGUGCCCAGUACACUCUCUUCUCUUUCCUUCCAGGCCAGGCUUUGUAAGGAAAGGGGUCAGGGGAUGGCUAGGAGAGGAGGUGAGGGCGCUCUGCAGGGUGGUGGAGGGGAUGUGGGUAGACAGAAUGGCUGUCCCAGGCUGCCCGUCUUCUCUUAGCUCUGGGGCUAAUGGCUUCUUCUAGGGACUGGAACCCUGGGGCCACGAGCACCCAGAGACACAUAGGAAGGCAGUGCCAUCUACCUUCCUGGGUCAUGACAGAGCACUGUUGAGGCAGGUGGUGGGAGCAGGAAGCCCUGCUCCUACGUGGGGGCCUGUCAUGGGCCUCAAGGGAGGGGGGCACAGGGCAGCCAACUGGGAGGUCUGGGCUCUGUAGUCCCACCAGUUCACCCUGACCUGCAUCCCCUGGGAGGCCUGUGGGGUUGGCGGGACUGAGACCUAUUCCUCUCACCCUCUUCUCUCGGCUACCCAGGAUGCUCCCACAGGCCUGAGACUGAGUGCUCCUGCCCUAGAGGGCUGGAUGUUCCGAGGGAGGAAGGGUUAUUCUAACUGAGCCGGCCCCAUCUGGAGGGAAUCCUACCCUGCCCCCAGCCCUUCCACAGGGCCUUUCCACACAGUUUAUUUCUUAAACCCUCCCCCAUCUAAUACCAUUUGCUGGCGUAUGUAUCCCUAGCCAGGCCUCCUGUGGCCUAGUUGGCUGUGCCCAUGCCCCCUUCCCUAGCUUCUCUGGCCACUCAAUACAGAGCCCCUAAGCCCCUCCACUCCUUAUCUCUCCAUCUCUCCAAUUUGGAAGCUAUCCAGCCAGGUCCAGUCUCUCCAGCUGGUCCCAUGUGAUGAGGCCAGGUCUCCUUAUCAGCCUCUAGGCGGCUGAGAUCUCAGGCAGGGAGUGCGUCAGCCACCCAGCCCCCUGCAAGGCCCUGUUGGGGAGGGGACCAGGAGCCCAUGCCUGGGGGAACGUGCAGCCAGUGCAGCCAGCACGUGCGACUCCAGGCCAGUGGAAAGUUACUGGGUGGGGUCAGGGAGGUUCAGAAGGGUUCUUCUCCCUCUAGAUACCUCUCUUACCUCCUAUGCUGAGGGACCUGUUUGCCUAUGGGGAGGGUGACUAGGUAAACUGUCUGCGUUCCCAGCCCCUCCCUCCCCACCCUUCCUAUUUCCAGCUUUCAAAAAAUAUUGCAUAAGCAUUUAAAGUUUUGUUACAUCUUGGGUACUUGAGGAGAUAAGGAACCAAGAAGCGAUGGUGGUGUUUGUGUGUGAGAUAAAGGCAGUUGUGAGGAUGGGUGAGAUGCCUACUGUGUAUUGCCCUAAAUCAAUUCAUUUCAGCCAUCCCACGAAGGUGGUGCUCUGCACAUCCCCAUGGCAGAAUGAUCAAGGGGCUUGGCAAUGAGCCCAAGGUAGUGUAGCUAACAGACUGGGUGGGGCUGGAAUGAGGCUGUGUGGUGGUCAGGUCCUGGUGUCACUAGAGAUUUGUUGUCCUUGGUGCCAUCCCUGGCCUUCCAUCUCCCCUCCCACUACCACCAUGAGUUUUUCACUCUGUGGUUUCCACCUUCUGGACACAAGCUGGAAGGCUGGGUUCUGGUAUCUGAUUCCCAGCCUCACUGCCUCACAGUAUUAGGGGAAUGUCUCUUGCUGUCUGUGAUUCACCUUUGCUAUCGGCAAGAAGGAAGACCAUGACCACGGUGUCACAGGAGAGGCACCAGAACACUCAUUUCCACUCACUCCCUUAUCCUGUUGCCCCUUCUCUUCCUCUCCUGAUCUCCUGCCCCAGCUCUCAGGGGUCAGAACUCCUCCCUUUGCCCUGCCUUGCCCUAAGCCUUGGUCUUGCUUCUCAGAAUCCACUCCCUCAAGUCCUGUCUUCCCAGGACAAUUUAUGCAGAAACUAGGAUUUGAGAAGCUUAUCCGAGGCCAUGCUCCAAAAGUGGGGGGCAGGGUAGGAGGAAAGCCCUUGGCAAUAAACAUGAAGGGGCAGCUCAGGGCCAUCAUAAAGCAGAGUAUGCUGCAAAGUCUCCUACUCUGGGUCCUGAGAGGGGUCCGGGGCACACUGAGCUGGCGGCAGAGCCAGGGCUGAGGCGCCAGCAUUCCACCUGCACCUGAGCGCUGAGGAGCCCAGGAACACCUGGAUGGGUCUUGGAAGGAGGAAGGGCAGGGGAACAGGAAUGCAGGAUUAUGAGAAACUUGAGAAACCUAAAAUGGGCUGGUGUCACAAGCUGCAGAGGAGGAGGGGACCUGCUGCUUCCUGACAUUUUUGGCAGGGGUGGGACUGGGCCCAGGAAGAGUUAGGUUGGGUUUCAUAAAGCUGGAAGCAGCCAGGAAUCUGACCAUCUGAUGUGAGGUCAAAGGUUUCCUACUGUGGGGAAGACAGAUGGAGGGAUUCUGUCCUGGGGAUUGCAGAUUGGGGACCAGGGAGGCACAUCCAAGUCCCUAGACUUCCACAUCAAUUCCUAGAUGCAUGCUUGCCUCCUCCUGUAUGGCCUGGGAAAGCCUCAGGAACCCUGGUUCUUCCAUCCUCUGCUCUUCCUCCCAGGGGAGUCAGGAUCAGACAGACACUCUUACUCAGAAAGGCUCCACCUCUCCCAGGCGGACCUGGAACAAGUCCCAAGGCUGUCAGCUCUCCCGCUGGGCUGGGGUUUCACACCAGCACUUUGCUGCCCCUUGGUGGCUGCCUGAGAAAGAGCAGGGCCUAGUUCUGCCUGGGAGAAGCAGAGGGCCCUGUGGCAGGAGUAUGGACAGGCUUCCAUUCCUGGCUCCCCUCUGACCUUUCCAGACCUCCCAGUCAAACCAACCAUCAUGGGAUCUCUCGGACACUGUUUUACCUGCCUGCUGUUUACCACCUGUGUACCCCUCCCACCCUGGGGUUUCCUCCCAGUGUCUGAGGACAGACACAUCCUCAGACACAAGUGUAAUCUUUUCCAGGCCUCACCUUCUCUGUCCAUGACUGGUGGGAGAUAGAAUAAAAGUAAUUAUGACACCUGAGCGGUUUCCUUUGCAUGCCUUUUGCUUGUCGCCUCAGAUGGCUCAGGGAGUCUGUGCGUGAGAUUCAACUGGAUAUGGGGUGAAAGAUUCACACCAGAGCUGCUUCUCCCAGUGAAUUUAAGUGUGAAUUAACUCUCCACAUGUAUGUGGAAAAGGGACUCUGGUCCCCCUUUGCGGAGGCUCUUGGGAUCCCACAGUUGGAAGGAAUCCCAG